AUGAAGAUGUAUCCGACUGACGAUGAGUUAUCUAUCACUUCAACCUCGGAAAUCUUUGUGAUUGUAUUGUCGUUACAAUCUAGCCACUCUCGUCUUGUAGCAUCCAAAGCGAAUGUGGAAUAGUGACCACUGAGUAACGAAUCUCCGUGAUGGCAUAUGACUGCCGCUAAAGAAUAUACAGGGCCGUCUGCCGAAUUGAACACGUAUGGAGGUUCAGGAGUACGUGGCGGUGUUGUAGACUCCUUGAAAACAAACUUCAAUUCCAAAUGAAAUCAAAGGUCCACUGGUCUUACCUUCACAACUUCACGAAAAUCUUUCCGAGGACGCAAAUUCCUUCUCGAAUUUGAACGUUCCACACUAACAGCCGGUUGGAAAUGACAUCCGCUGGCGUUACAUAUGAAGAUGGCACCUCUAUCGUCGGUGCACUCGUCCCGAUGCAAAGUGAUUGGAGGACUGCCGUCCAUACUCCAUCGGAAGAGAGGGCGAUAUUUCAGCCAUUUUCCCUCAAGGAACGUAUAAAUAUUUACUCCAAGCCAACAAGCUGCUGCAGCCAAUUCAACUUGAGUUCCCCACUCGCCAUCUUCGGACAUUUUUCUUAA